UACUCGGGUAGGUAACUUUAUAUGUACAUUAUCAAUUCAGUGCGCAUUCGGGAGACUACACAGUGCACGGUUUCGGGAGUGUUGUAUAUUGUGGUUUAGUGGAACAUGUACAUAUUUCUUAAUUGAUUUCUAUCAGCAAAUAAGUUGUUCUGUAUACAUCACAAUAUGAAGCCACGCGCGGAAGCCAGCGCCUGGGUGAAGUUUCGUCUGUUGAUGUGGAAGAACUUCCUACAGCAAUGGCGGCACCCGCUGCAGACGGUAACGGAGCUGCUGCUGCCGGUCGCCACCAUGUCGCUGAUCCUGCUGCUGCGGUGGCAGAUCGAGCCGCAUGCGGUCGACGUCCGGUUGUACCGGCCUGUCACUGCCGACAGCCUCAACGAUACCAGGACGCUUCAAGUAUUGGGAGGAAUGGAUUUUAAAAAUCUAUCCAUUGCGUAUUCUCCACAAAGCGAAGUUCUAGAGGAGGUGAUACGAAACGCAGUUGCAAAAUUUGUUGUUAAGAACGUCCGAGAUGUUAUACAGGGUUUAAAAGAACAUUUUGAGAAUAUUGAUUGGCCUAAUAUAAACUGGCCUGACGUAGACUGGUCUGAUAUAGAUUGGCCUAACAUAAACUGGCCUGACAUAGACUGGCCUGAUAUAGAUUGGCCUAACAUAGACUGGCCAAACAUAGAUGAAAUUGAUUGGUCCGAAAUCGAUUGGCCCGAGAUCCCACCAGACUUCGAUAUGCCAAAUUCAACAGUAGUGUUACAAUUACUAAGGUCCCUUGUGAGAGUACAAGCUUAUAACAGCAGUGAUGAUCUCCGCUAUAUUUAUUCAGAUGAGCAGAAUAUACGCAGAGUCAUAGCAGCAGUACAAUUCGACGACGAGCUUCUUGGUGUCACAGUAUUGCCCAAAAAUAUAUCCUACGCACUAAGGUUUCCGGAGAGGCCGCGUUUAAAUUCAUUCUAUCUCUCCGGUUCAAGGUUUUGGAGAACUGAUACAGUGUUUCCAGUUUUUGAGACACCAGGACCCAGGUCUCCAAAUUCUCCGAUAGGCGGUAGCGAUCCAGGUUACUUCAUCGAAAUGUUUAUUCAGCUGCAACACGUGAUAUCAAGGGAGUUGAUAUCUAAAAUUAGUGGCAGAGAUCUGAGCGACUUCAAGGUGGAUUUCCAAAGGUUCCCGCACCCUGCCUACAACGACGACAGGGCCAUUGAAGUGUUGCAGGCGCUGUUCCCCAUGUUCAUUAUGAUAACAUUCAGUUACACAGCGAUCAAUAUAACCAGAGCUGUCACCGUCGAAAAAGAAUUACAACUUAAAGAAACCUUAAAAAUUAUGGGCUUACCUACCUGGAUACACUGGAUGGCGUGGUUUUGGAAGCAAUUUAUUUUUCUCUUAAUUACAUCUGCUCUUCUAAUUGUUAUAGUGAAGAUAAAUUGGUUUGAAAGUGAAGAAGGACUCACGGACUACGCCGUAUUUACAAACACGCAUUGGACCAUCCUCAUUGUUUAUAUGGCUCUUUAUUGUGCUUGUACAAUUUUCUUCUGUUUUAUGGUUAGCGGAAUCUUUUCAAAAGGAAGCACCGCUGCACUGUUUACCGGAGUGAUUUGGUUCCUGACAUACAUCCCGGCGAUGCUGCUAAACCUGGACAUCACCAUGUCGCUGCCCGCACAAAUCAUCACGUGCCUCAGCAUCAACACCGCCAUGUCGUAUGGCUUCAAUCUGUUGCUGGGUCGCGAGAGUAUUGGAGGCAUGUCAUGGGGCGACUUCAUGACGUCCCCCGCUGCGGAUGACAGCCGGCUGUUGUUCGGCUACGUCGUCAUCAUGCUGGUGGUCGACUGCUUCCUCUACAUGGUGAUAGCCUUGUACCUAGAGCAAGUCUUGCCCGGGCCCUACGGCACUCCAAAACCUUGGUAUUUCUUCGUACAAAAAAAAUUCUGGUUCUACAGUAAGACGUCUCCAGGUGAAUACAUAUCUGAUGAUCCCGAAAAUGAAGCAAUAACUAUGGAAAAAGAUCCCUCGGAACUUAACAUUGGAGUUACAAUGAAAAAUUUGACAAAAAAUUACGGGAAUAAUAUUGCGGUAAAUAAUUUGUCGUUAAACAUUUACGAAGACCAGAUCACAGUUCUACUGGGUCACAAUGGUGCCGGGAAAUCAACUACUAUAUCGAUGUUGACAGGUAAUCUUGAAAUAACUUGCGGUUCGAUACAGUUAGCUGGCUACGACAUGACUCAUCAGACGAGUGAAGCUCGCAGUCAUCUCGGACUAUGUCCUCAACACAAUGUUCUGUUUAAUGAGCUGACUGUCCGCGAGCAUUUAGAAUUUUUUGCGAGGCUGAAAGGAUGCACAGGCGAAGAGCUACAUCAUGAAAUAUAUUCUCUUAUUGAGAAGCUGGAACUUGAAGAAAAGCGCGAAUACAAAGCCGAAGGGUUGUCUGGAGGCCAAAAGCGUCGUCUCUGUGUUGGUAUCGCAUUGAGUGGAGGCGCGCGCGUGGUGUUGCUGGACGAGCCCACGUCCGGCAUGGACCCCUCAUCCAGGCGAGCGCUCUGGGACUUGCUGCAGAAAGAGAAGCGUGGUCGAUCAAUGAUCCUGACGACACACUUCAUGGACGAGGCAGACAUCCUGGGCGACCGAGUGGCUAUAAUGGCGCACGGUCGGCUGCAGUGCGUGGGCUCGCCUUACUUCCUUAAACAGCACUACGGAGUCGGCUACACGCUGGUGAUAGUCAAAGAUGAGCACUUUAACGAGGAUGUGUGCACUAAGAUCCUUAGCAAAUAUAUUCCAGAUAUUGCUGUUAAAGAAGACAGAGGGACCGAGCUGACUUAUAGCUUGACCACUGAUUUCUCGCAUAAAUUUGAAGAUAUGCUUAUUGAUCUGGAGAAAAAUAUUGAAGUUAUCGGAUUCAAGAACUAUGGGCUUGAUCCUACUACUUUGGAAGAUGUUUUCAUGUCUGUUGGUUCAGAUGUGGUUGAAGGAGAAACAGAAUCAGACGACACUGAGACUACUACUGACAUAUCGUAUUCUGUGAUGCGCCAAGAUUUCGAUUCUUCAUCUAUUGAAAAAUUGGAUGGUGGCAGUGAUAGAGUGACAGGAAUCCGCCUGCUUUGGCAACAUGUCCGCGCUAUUUGGAUCAAACUGUGGCUGGUAAAAAUCCGAUCGUGGGGUCUUAUUGUCUUACAGGUAUCGGUGCCACUGCUUCAGAUCAAUGCUACCCUCGGUGUUAUGGAAUAUAUCGUGUCUCUGGUGCCUAUGAUACAGUCACGAGCGUUGACAUUGGCUGAAGGAUACGCGAGCACAGAAAGUUUCCUGAGUUUCAACGGAACAGACACGACCUCUCUUGGAGCCUUGGCGAAGGCUGCAUACGAAUACAUGAUAAGCAACUCCGGUAUCGAUACUAUGCAAGUGACUGUAGUAGAUAACCAACCUAUUGAACAAUAUUAUUUGGAUCGUGCAAAUGACUCUAUAGCCAUGGGUGCGAUGCGUCACAGUGUGCUCACCGGCGCGACCUUCAGCGACAACUCGGUGACGGCCUGGUUCAGCAACUUCGCAUACCACGACUUCCCGACAUCGAUGGCCGCAGUACACAACGCGCUCCUGAAGGCCUACGAUGCGGCUGCUGAAAUCAAUGUCUAUAAUCAUCCGCUGACGGCUACUUACAGAGAUCAGAGUGACAUGGAAAUGAUGGCGUCUUUUAUGUCGCUCCAACUGUCUUCAUCAAUCGGGAAUAGUCUGGGUGUAGCCAGCGCUGUAUACGUCAUGUUCUAUAUCAAGGAGCGUGCAUCUCGUGCCAAACUUCUCCAAAAAUCUGCAGGUAUAAAACCUAUCGUGAUGUGGGGCGCCGCAGCUCUGUUCGACUGGCUGUGGCUGAUGAUUAUUUCCAUCACCAUCGCCAUCUCGUGCGUUGCCUUCGGCGUUAUUGGAAUGUCAACUUUUGCGGAAUUAGGUCGUAUGUAUCUCUGCAUCAUGGUAUACGGCGCGGCGAUGUUGCCGCUCCACUACAUAGCUUCUUAUCUAUUCGAUGGACCGGCUCUCGGAUUCGUUGUUUUAUACUUCGUUAAUGUGAUUUUCGGAAUGAUGGGCGCACAGAUCGUAGAGGCGUUGGCUUCCCCAGCGCUGACCACGCAGGCCGUGGCCGAGAUUUUGGACUACAUUUUGCAGUUCUUUCCCCUUUACAGCCUUGUAUCGGCGCUAAGGUCUUUGAAUCAGAUAGGGCUGAUAGAGCAUUCGUGUCUGAUGGCGUGUGACUACUUGCCGUCCACUGUGAACGUCAACGAGUGCACCAUGCAGAACAUGUGUCAUAGCAACUUCACCGCAUGCUGUGUUCGAGAGAACGCGUAUUUUGAUUGGGAAGAGCCAGGGGUACUCCGCUACUUAGUGUCUAUGGUCAUUUCAUUCGUUGUGUUCUGGUGCAUCCUUAUGAUCGCAGAAUACAGAUUGCUGCAAAAGCUAUUCACCCGCACAAAGAGUCCCCCUGCCAUGGACGAGAGCACCCUCGACAGGGACGUGCUGGAGGAGGCUCGCAGCGUGCGCCGCGCUGAUGACAACAGCCAUAACUUGGUGGCCAGGGACAUCUCCAAGUACUACGGGAAACACCUCGCCGUCAACCAGGUCUCCUUCACUGUAGGAGAUUCUGAGUGCUUCGGACUACUUGGUGUGAAUGGCGCGGGCAAGACGACUACUUUCAAAAUGCUGAUGGGAGACGAAUCCAUAUCUAGUGGAGAUGCAUUUGUCAGCGGUUAUUCUGUAAAGAAAAACAUUACAGAAGUUCAUAAGAAUAUAGGUUACUGCCCACAGUUCGACGCGGUGUUCUCGGAGCUGACGGGCCGCGAGACGCUGCGGGUGUUCGCGUUGCUGCGCGGCCUGCGCGAGGAUGCCGUGCCAUCCACCACAGCCGCGCUCGCCGCCGCGCUCGGCUUCACCAAGCAUCUCGACAAAAGGGUUCAUCAAUACUCUGGCGGUAACAAGCGUAAGCUGAGUACAGCAGUGGCGCUGUUGGGCCGCACAAAGCUGGUGUUCGUUGACGAGCCCACCACCGGCGUCGACCCCGCCGCCAAGCGUCAGGUGUGGCGAGCGAUCCAAGGAGCGCAGCGCGCGGGGCGCGGCGUGGUGCUGACGUCACACAGCAUGGAGGAGUGCGAGGCGCUGUGCACCAGGCUCACCAUCAUGGUCAACGGGCAGUUUCGGUGCAUCGGCUCGCCGCAGCAUCUGAAGAACAAGUUCUCUGAAGGUUUCACAUUGACUAUCAAAAUUAAAACGAACGAUGAGUCAACAGCCGAAGAAACAUAUAGAUCGACUGACGUUCUUAAACGUUACGUAAACGAUAACUUUCACAACCCAAGAUUAAUGGAGGAAUACCAAGGUCUGCUGACGUACUACCUGCCGGACCGCAGCAUCGCGUGGUCGCGGCUGUUCGGGAUCAUGGAGCGCGCCAAGCGCGAUCAGGCCGUCGAGGACUACAGCAUCUCGCAAACCACGCUCGAACAAAUAUUCCUGCAGUUUACUAAGUACCAAAAAGACUCGAGUGGAGUACAAUUGACUACGCAAAUAUGACCUAAACAUUACAUAGAUAAUUAAUUAUACCUACUCAAAAGUAAUUUAAUAAUAAGUCAUGUGUGCGAUGUAUAACUGUGAUAUUCUAUUUUGUAACCUUAUAAUUAAUAAAAUAAAAUUCUUAACAAGUUAAAAAUAUUGUGAACUUUGUAAGGCUAAAAUAGUUUCAGUGUGUCUAUUGACAUAGCCUCAAUGGAGGCGGCCAGAGGAAGCCAUUAUCAUCUCCGGUCAGUCUCCAUCAGUUACGGCCAGUGGUCAGCUUCACGUCGUCCAUCACAGUGGAUUCCUAUAUGUGCCUCUGUUCCUCUUACCAUCCCUUGGAUAUCAUUCUGUCACCGCUUUACUGCUUUUCGCCCUUGAUCUCGCAACAUAUAUAUCCUGUUCACAACACAAAAAAGUACUUAGAUGUCGCUUGUGGUUUUCUUCACCGGAAUACAAAUGGUGGUCAAUGUAAAUAUACCAGAUUGAUAAACAAAAUUAAAAAUUCAAGUGGCGGUUAGUCGAGUAAUAACUCGGACUACUUGAAUUUGUAUAUCAAUCUGUAGGUAUGUUUGUUGAACCUUUCGAUCACGGGCUACCUUUAGACUAUGACCUAUUGCCAUUCAUUAUCAUAAUAUAUAGCGCCAUAUUUUAGUCGCGACACUUUAUAAUUUAUCGCAAUUAUCAUCAAUAUUAGUAGGCGAUUACGCACACCCAUCCAUCUGCAGUCCACCUCAUUGAGGGCCGGCGCGGCUGCGGCCACUGCCGCGUAUUUGAAGCGACUUAUGGUGACUUGGAGUCGAGCUACAUUUUUGUGCCCUUUGCUGUUGAGACGAUGGGCCCAUGGGGUCCUGAGGCAAAAUCCUUUUUGUCUGAGAUUUCAGCGCGUCUCCGUGAGGUAACGGACGAUCCAAGGGAAGGCAGUUACUUUGCACAGAGGAUUGCCAUUGCGGUUCAGAGGGGUAAUGCUGCCAGCCUUCUUGGAACCCUUCCAAGCGGCGACGAGCUGGAAUUUCUUUAUUAUCUAUAAUUAUAAAUUUUGUAAAAAUAUAUAUAAUUUUUAAUGUUUUAUAAAAAUAAUAAAGUGGAUUACGCACAACAUUA